AUGCUGGCGUGUGUUUGUCCCCCAUCACCCUCAAGAUGGGACCCGAAGACUUGCACCUUGGAGCUGAUCGGGUUCCAUGACCCGCGUGUGUACGUGAUGAGCCUCUCGGUGAUCAAGCACAAGUUUAUUCUCGUCGGGGACGCCUACGGCUCUGUUCAGCUUGUCGUGUGGAGAGAAGAAGACCAUUCCCUGACGGCCCUCUCCAAGGACCACGAAGACUGCCAGGUCUUCUCGGCCGAGUAUCUGAUUGACGAGCCGGGCAUGGCCAUCGUCGUUGCUGACGGAAGAAGAAACGUCAAGGUGUUGCAGUACGCCCCCAACGCGACCAACUCUCGAGGAGGCACCAAGCUGCUUUGCCAGUCUGACUUCUACCUCGGAUCCAGGGUGGGAAAGCUGACACGACGGCGCACCCGGGGGAACCUCAGGGACGGUGCUCGGUACUGUCUCCUCGCCGGCACCCUUGACGGUGGCCUUGGGGCAGUCCUUCCCGUAGACGAGCGCGUCUUCCGAAGGCUUUACGCGCUCCAGGGCAUCAUGAGCAACGCGCUUGGCCACAACGGCGCAGCCAACCCAAGGGCGUACCGGCUGUUCGACCACGGCCCCACCUUCCGCUACGAGACGAAGCAGAACAUGCUCGACGGAAGCCUGCUGUGGAGGUUUGUUGGCCUCGAUGCCAAGACCCAGCACGACCUCACCAGAGCCAUAGGGACGACGGUUGACCGGGUGAUGGCCAACUUGCUGGACAUUGAUCUCGCGUCCCUAUUUUAGCGCGACCAUGCCGUUGAAAGGCGGUGGUAGGCAUGUUGUUGCCUAGUCUUUGGCCUUGUGCUCCUCUGUUCGGCGUUCAUGCCGGGUCUGGUUCGGUAGAGACACCGUUUUUUCUCUUCUUAAUCUCGCGGGACAUCGACCUGGUACACACCUAUUUUUGUACUCCUAUUUUGGCGUGUUGGUGCUGUUGAAAGGGUCGUCUUGGGGAUAGGGAUGUUGUUGCCUAGUUUGGCUCGUGGACAAUGACCUGGUGCUCCUCUUUUCGGCGUGUUCUUUCGUGUUGUUCGAAAGGGUCGACCUCUUCGGUAGGGGUGUUGCUGCCUGUUUUUGUCCUACGGGACGUUGACCUUGUGCUACUUUAGCGCGCUCCUGUUGUUGAAGAGGUUGGGUUCGUAAUAACUGUUGAUUCUCUUCUCUUCGUUAGCUGCCUGAGCAUUGAACCUUGUUCUUCUCUCUGUAGCGCCCCCAUGUUGUCGAAAUUGCCGGCUUCGGAAGGGGUUCAUUUGCCUGUGUGAAAACUGCGUGCCAUAGUUGCGUUGGGCCUACAACCCUCCCGGUUUUGGAGCAUUCACGUUGUUGGAAGAGGUCGGGUUCGGAAGGAAGGACUCUUGGUUGCCUCUGGCCAUUUGGCAGCCUUUUCGUUGGAUCGCUUUCCAGGGUUCAUGAGGGCUUGACCCUUCCUGUCCAGCACCUCCCCCUCUCUCUCUCUUAGCCCGAGGAAGAAUAGAGCUGAUAGAACGUUGUUAGUCAAGGAUAUUGGGCCGCUGCAGUUGUGGGCCGCGUGAGCGUCUGGUUUGCUGAGUGAUGGGCCUCGCGUCUCUCCUGUGCUAUUUCUCCGCCUGCUACGGUAGUCGCGAGUGGUACAUCACAUAGGACGGCCCCUAGUACUACGCGACCAUUGACUCUCUUGUGGUUGUGCUCGACACGUCUGCCUCGUGCCUCGUGUAGUUUUUUGUGACCAACGAACCCCCAUCUUUUCAUCUUAGCUUCUUCGUGGAUUGGUUGUUGCUUUUCUUCGGAGAUUAUUAUUUAGUGUCAGAUGUUACUGGACCUGUUGAACUUGAGGUGAAGAUUGUCGUUGAUCGCGAGGGGGUAUAGAUGGUGGUUGGUGACAGACCACCCAACCAAGUCGAAACCUACUCUAGCUGUUGAUCGUC